GAUGUACAAUCACCAUUUACUUAGUAUUUCAACAAGGAAUAAAGAAAGAAGAUAUAAACAACUAUGAAGAUGUAUAAGAUAAUCUACCAAAAUAAUAGUAGAAAAACAAAGGGUAUUAGGUAUCCAUCCAUGACAUAAAAUCAGUACAAUAUACACCAGAAGCAAAAAUAGCUCUUUUGUUGAUUUUCGUCAUCUCAAAGUCCAUGACACCUACAGCAUGGAGAAACAAGAAUGUGUCCUCAGUACAAGGAUGCCGCAGCCGCACUAUCAUUUUCUAUGUUAAGUGGACCGUGAAAAUGGGGUAAAAUCUCUAGUUUGGCAUUAAAAUUAGAAAUAUCAUAUCAUAAAGAACAUGUGUAUUAAGUUUCAAGUUGAUUGGACUUCAGCUUCAUCAAAAACUUUAACCUGAAGCGGGACAGACGGACGGAUGGACUUUACGAUGCACGAGCCAGAAAAAUAAUGCCUAUAAAUGGGGCAUAAAAAAGCUAGCCUCACCGUAAGUCUAAGCUAGUAUUUUGAUUAAGCCAGUGUCAAAAUGUUAUGUAUAUUCAGAGUUUGAAGACAUUGAAACCCAAAUGUCAUUUUAGCAAUGUCAAGCGGCAUACUUCUACAACCGUAAAUUGUUUCAAAUUAAAUAUCUGAUAAGACCUGAUAUUAACUUAAAUUAGAAGUUAUAUUGAAACUCUUCCUUUAACUUCUCUUCAAUUUUGAUCAAAUUUGAGGACAUAAAAGUAUGAAAAUGCGACCAAAGGGUUUUAUACUUCGAUGACUGAAUUUUGUCGAAAAGCCGGCAUGAAAAAUAAAAUUAAUUUUCAGGCUACAAUUUUUUUUUGCCAAUCUCCCAAUCUUUUACUGUUUUUUUUAACUAUCAAAUUUCAUGUCAUAAACACGCAAAUGGGACAUUAUUUGUUAUAAGUUCACUCAUAAAACUGAGCACUCACAUGAAUUAGGGUGUUUUGUUGUCGCUAAUGUACAUUGUAGUAACACAUUUGAAUGUUCGGAAUGUUGACAUCUAUGAUACUUGUCUGUUUUGCUACUUCCUAUGCAUAUGCUGAAAGUUCAUGUCAAAGCAAAAACGGCAGAUAUGAUGUCACUGUCAAUGUUCGAGGUGAACCCAGCAAGGACAUUUCUCAAGUGAUUGCUUUCCAUGCCUUCAUCUCAAAAGAUGUAUAUCCGAAAGCGGGUGAGAGACUUGUAUUUGAUACAACAAAGGCAAAUGAAGGAAGUGUCUAUAACAGCAAUACUGGAGUAUUUACGUGUCCGAAGACAGGGAUGUACGUAUUUGUCUGGGUCAUCCGAAUGGUUACUGCCGAACAUUCAACUGAACUCAUGAUCAAUAAUUCUGUUCACGGGUCCACAUUUCUUCGUGCCAAGAAAGGAGACGAGGGAUCAGUCAGUGGUACAGUGGUUGCGCAUGUGUCAAAAGGUGAUACGGUAUAUGUCCGUAACCAUUCAGCAUAUGCCGGCGAUGGUAGAAUACAUAGUAACAUACACGGUAAACCAACAUUUUCUGGUUGGCUGCUCCAGUAGAUUCAGUUGUAAUUAAUAAAAAUGAUUUAACUGUUUACUA